CUAAAGAUUAUUGGGAGCACUGGUCAAUCAGCUUUAUUUAUGUCAAUUGACUUUAUGAAGCUUCCUUGCAAUUUCCUUCCACCAAAACCAAGAAUUUUUCAACCAUUCUUUAAUCGACACUUUCACAAUUCUCAUUAUUAUCGUUACAACUUCUUGAAAACAUUCAAGAAACUUGUAAUUCUUUAAUGGCCACUGAAAAACCACCCAAACGGCUCUCUUUCAAGAAUCUCCGGCUGAUUUUCAAGCCUCUCCGACCAACAAAAUCGAACCAUGUUCCUACAGAAACCAACUGCAUGGUUCCAAGAAAAGACGACGACGACGAGGAGCUACAAAAAGUGUUCAGUCACUUCGAUGGCAACGGAGAUAAAAAGAUUUCAGCACUUGAAAUUAGGGCAUACUUUGGCUCCAUGGGAGAGUACAUGUCGCACGAGCAAGCUCGAGAAGUGAUCAAAGAAUUUGACAGCGACGAAGAUAAUCUGUUGGAUUUUAACGAUUUCUUGAAGCUAAUGAAGAAAGGUGACGAGAAAGAAGAUUUAAAGAAAGCUUUUGAAAUGUUUGAGAUGAAAAAAGGAGACGGAUUCAUAACUUCGAAAGGCUUGCAAAAGAUGUUGAAUCGAUUAGGUGAUGACAAAUCGCUAGAUGAAUGUGUUGCUAUGAUUAGGGUUUUUGAUACUAAUGGUGAUGGUGUUCUUGAUUUUCAUGAGUUUUACCAAAUGAUGGCUUGACUUUGAUUUUGCUUCUUUAACUAAUUAACCAUUAGCCCAAGGCUUGCACGAAUUAAUUUUCGAA